AUGGGUCUGCAGGAGGAGUUUGAGGAGCACGCCGAGAAGGCCAAGACAUUGCCUGACACGACGACGAACGAGAACAAGCUCAUCCUCUACGGGCUGUACAAGCAGGCCACCGUCGGCGAUGUCAACACCGGGCGUCCUGGCAUUUUCAGCCUGAAAGAGAGAGCCAAAUGGGAUGCUUGGAAGGCUGUUGAAGGGAAAUCCAAGGAUGAAGCAAUGACCGACUACAUCACCAAAGUGAAGCAGCUGCUGGAGGAGGCCGCCGCAUCCACUUCCUAG